GGUUAGACAGGUAAAUUGUCUCUAACAUCCUGGAGGCCGUCACCCAUUAUACAUGUACAGAUACAGGUCACGGCUUGACCUGCUGUAACGUGUUUGUGAGUGAAGAAGAGGUGGUGUAGCUGUCUUCUACAGCAAGAGUAGCAUCAUCCAAGGUCACGGUUGUUUGUCUUCGUGUGUAAGACAUUGGUUUCAACGAAAGCACCACAGCAGGUGAGCGAGCGAGCGAGCGAGAGAGAGAGAGAGAGAGAGAGCGAGAUCAGUGGUUAACAUUUCCUUCGCCGAUUAUUGAUGCAGAAAUUUGAAAUCAUGGAAGGUGGCGCUGCUCCUGCAGGAAACCGCAUUUUGAUAGUACUGGUAGCAGUGUGUGCAAUCGUCGCCGUAAUUGCCAUAGUUAUAGCUGUAGUGGCAGUAUCGAGAUCCUCGACCACUCCAAACAUCACCAUUCAAGGCGACCAAACUACAAUAGGUGGCAGCACCUCUGGACAAGGAUCGUCUGCUGGGAGUUCUGGUGGGAGCUCAGGCUCUGUAGUCUCAUCGUCAUCUGGAGGACGGAUCUUCACGAUCGCCAUAGGACAUGACUGGGGCGCUCACGAAUAUAUAGACACCUCUGGCUAUUUGGCAGGCUUCCAUUAUGAUUUAAUCGACGCAGUUUGCACCGAGGCUGGCAUGGACUGUCGUACUGUAUGGGACAAGUACGUCAAUUGCUGGGACUCCACCCCAGGACAACCCUCACACGGCGGACAGGGUUUGAUGGGCCGUUGGUAUGAUGCUUGUACCGGCUGGUUUCCAACCAUAGGUAGGAUCCAGGUGUUCAGCUUUUCUUCGCCAUUCCUCAAGCCCCCAACCAGCUAUUUUUUUACGAAGACUGGGAACGCUGCUUCGUUUUCAUCCAGAAAUGUAGCUAACAAGAAAAUCGGUUUCAUUGAUGGCUGGGCUAGUGACGAGAAGUGUCUGGCCAGAUGGACCGACGUCACGGGUCAGGAUAGUAUGACCGUCGUCCAUGUUAAUAACCCUGCAGAUAUCGUAGCCAAGUUGAAAAGUGGAGAAAUAGAAGCGGCCUUCGUGUCUGCCCUAGACAUGGCGGACUAUGCAUCAAGAGCCAACCCCGAGGUUGAACAAGUCCCUGGGGCUGGAUUUUCUUGCAUGCUGUCCGGUAACGGGAUGAUGACACGGAAAGACAACGACUUCAACUCAAAAUGGAACGUAGGCCUCAGCAAGCUGGUCUCCAGCGGGAAGUUUAAGAAAUUAUGCGACGCAGCGGCUACAAAACACGGUUCUCGUGGUUCUGUGACCUGCGUCGAUGGCUAGAAAUACCAUGAAAAUAUCACCAAGAGCGGGAAAGAGAAUGGAGAAGAGAGAUUUCGGAGAAAAAAAGUCCGAUACACAAAACCCGUUUUUUGUUGAAGUGAUAUUUGACUAACAUAUAUUGAUAGGAUUCUUUGAGCAUAUUUCGGUUUUAACCUGCUUUUAAUAUCCAUUAAAUUGCAAGAAUUAUGUCCGUUGUUGAAAGACGAAAUUCAGACACAUGUUCAGUAUGUAUCUUGGUCACCAUACAGUUCAAACAGAGUAACCCUCUGAUAAAUAAGGCAUUAUAGACCAACUGAGAGGAUCCACCUGUUCUCACCUGACACGAUAUCAACCCUCUCCGGAGCCUUAAGAUUGUCGAUUUGUGAAUAUUUCUAAGGUUUUUAACUUACUAAGUACUAAUUCAACAAAAAGGUGAACUUUUGAGUCUCUUCAGCGACGCGCAUUUUUGUGAUGUUGGCGCAAUUUUGAUUUGUUCAAUAAUUUCCACUGUUUUAUUUACCGUAGUACCCUCCAAUUUGGAAAGCGAUAAUCUGCAAUUUAAAAGCAGAGUACAUGUAACAGCUAUGCAGAUUGAACAAAAUGUUUGUUUCACUGACGGACUUUAUUGUUCAUUUCUUGUUAAAUGAACAGAACUCAUUUGUCACAAUAUAUAUAUCGAAGGGGUGUUUGCCUUCAUACAGAAUAACUAAGAUAUUUUCUAACAACAAAAUAUUGCGAAAGAUUUUAAAACAUAUUUAGGAGAGUGCUAUAGGCCUUAGGCUGUUUUGUAUGUAUUCUAGAGAACAUUUGUAUUUUUUCUAUUAUUUUUAUAGUAAAUGCUCAAAACUGUCUUAUUAUGACGUAUAACGCUUGUGAUAAAAUAAACAUAACAAUUUUA